AUGGAUCAUGUCAAAACAUCGACUGAAAGGACUGGUACGUUAAAUUUCGAUCCCGUUUAUUUUUUUUUUUUUCUGGAGAAAAAAGACCUUGUACCAAAUUUCGCUUUGGGACCUCUGUCAAAACCGAUUUUCUUCUCGUCUGAAAGCCGCCAAAAUUCGUUUAAUUAUGCUGUUCUUGACAUUUCUUUAAGAUUUUCUGCAGCACGCGCUGAACUGAAAUAGGGGUAAAACUCUUUUUUUUUCCACUACGUUUCUUUUAACACUUAACCAUGAGCGGUCGUGGUGAAAGGCAACCUGUUGCAGUAAAAAAUUAUCGUUCAGAAGUUAAUUUUAGCUCUUCACGACUUGUUAUUGUCAAAAUGGGAAGGCAUGACAAAGAUGCUAGGAUUUCAAGACCAUUGUAUCAAUAACGGGGUGUUGUUGAAGAACGGCACGUGUAAAUGCCCUCAUUACUUCGAGGUUUUUUUCAAAGAGAACAUACGUUGGAAACAAAAAAAUAUUUAGGGUUCGAAAUGCGAGAAGAAACUUUGCCUCAACGGUGCAACGUUGGAAAGUACCAAACUAGGAACGGUUCAGUGGGAAUGCAGGCUAGUCGUCUUUUUACUACAACCUGACGAAAAUGAUGGUUAUUGCAUUUCUGUAAGAAAACCAUUUAGAUGUCCCAAUUCACAAUACAUCCAUGGAACACAUUGCGAACAAGUUUCAUGCGCCCCUUCGGGAGUUUUGCAAAAUCCAGGCAAUGGGUCAUGGCAUUGCGAGUGUUCUGGAUUCUACAACGGCAGGUUUUGCGAGGUUGGAAAAAGUUUUAUUUCUUUGUAUAAAUUGGCAAAAAAAAGUCUCACUUUACGAUUCUCUUUUAAAAUCAAGAAAUUUUAAGGAAUUCGAGCUGCCUUAUUCGGCAUAUGCGGUCCCAUUGGUGCUGCUGCUCUUCGUGUUUUGCUUGUUCAUAUGCCGCAAAGACAUGUGCUCACGAGGAAAACGAGGAAGGACCUUGUCGCUAAGGGUUCGAGCUGACCUCGAGGACCAGCAUCAGCAUCAGCCUCUGCAUCAGUCUCACAUGGUGCCUUCUUGCCAAUUUCCGCUUAUGUAUCAGUCUACAAAUUCGAAAUAUUUAAUAGUUCUUCAAUUCAUUCUUUUACUUAUAUUCAGAGUGAGAGAUUAUACACUUUUUGCAAAGAUAAUCUUUCAGGCAGCUAGAAAUCACGAGCAAGGCGACGUUUCCCGCCGACCGGCCGCUUUUCCGCGAACGGUGGCGGCUCCUUAUGUUGUUCGUCUCGACACGAUACCUACUUUCAACCCACAAAUGAUUGGUGAGCUGUCGUGAAAAUGUCAAAUGUUCAACUGUCAAAUGAGCUGUUUUUUCUUUCAGACGUUUCAAAAUUUUAUUGCCAAGUUAUGCGUUAGCUUUUUUGAAUUUCGUUCAUAUCAAUUGAAAAUGAGAAACAAUUAAAAUUUUCUUUUAAAUUACCCAUUUGCGAUAAUGACCAAGUUUUUUUCGGUAAAUUGUUUGAAGGAAGAUUUCCUGGCUAAAAACGAUUUCCAGGCGGCGUCGAAUUAUUGGCCGCGGACCAAAAGCCUCUGGAACCGCCACCACCCUAUGAACAGGCGUUGUCGGCCCAGCGUUUCCAGAAUCCUCCCGACUAUGAGGAGGAAGCGAGCCAACAGACGGCUCACCACAGAUAG